AUGAACGAAAACGAACUCACAUGGGCAAACGAGAGAGCCGAACCCACGUUCGCGACCCGCGACAGAAGCGAGGUGCUCGACGUCACCAUAAUCUCCGCCAACGACAAGACCGCGAUCAACGGAUGGAGGGUCAUGGACGAUCCGUCGCUGUCCGACCACAAAUUCGUCUCGUACCGACUGACCGGCAACGGACUGACCACCUUCCGGGUGGCCAACGUCACAAGAUCGCUCGACAAAGAAAGAUACCUGAAAACGUUGGAGGAAAACCUGAGAGAGGCGCCGACGAGAUACGGCACCCCGAGCGAGAUAGACGAGUACACGGACUUCAUCACGAAUGCCGUGAAAAACGCGGAAAACGUCGCGGUCUCCAACAAACGAAGGGGCUUCAACCCCAAACUACCCUGGUGGAACCCAGAUCUAGACGCAACGAGACUGACGUGCAAACGACUACGGACAAAAGCCCAACGAACGAAAACAAGACGAAACAAACUCAACGCGAAGAGAGCAGAGUCAAAGUUCAAAAAAGAGAUUGCCGAAGCAAAGAGAAACACUUGGAAGCGCAUCUGUGGCAGACUACAGAAAGCGCAAGACAUAGCCAGAAUGAACAAGAUUCUCGAGUCAACGGAUGAAAAAAGCGUUGGCCUGGUACAAAAACCGGACGGCACGAUGACGAGAAACCUUCGCGAAUCGAUAGAGACCCUGGAUCACGAGACACCGAGAAUAACGACGCAAACACGAACACGGAAAGUGAGACGCACAGCGAACGAACACGUGACACCAGCGCAGACUGGAGAACGGUAG